UUCAGAUAUUAAUAAAGCAGCGGAAAGAAGAGAAAUGAAUAAGCUUCCCUCAAGGUCCAGCCCAUCGCGAAGGGAGCCCAUCCCUUACGGCGAGAGAGAUGCACGGAGGGAUCGCUCUCCCAACCAGGGCAGCCCACGCAGAGAUGGCAGGAACGGCCGAGAUUCCCGGGACGGACGGGACCUUCGGGGGCGAGAGAUGCGGGGGGGCAGAGAUCACCGAGACCCCAGAGAUUCCCGGGACGUGAGGGAUUCCCGGGACAUGCGAGAUUCCCGGGACCCUCUCUACGACCGCUACAGGGAGACCAGAGAGACCCCGUACAGGAGAGAGGAAGGCUACGACCGCUACGACCGUCCGGACGACUAUUACCGCAGGCGGGAGGAGCCCUCUUACGACCGCUUCGGGGAGCCCCUGGACAGGCGAGGGCCGGCCCUCAUGCUGGUGACCUUCCCUGCAGAGCGCAUGAAGAGAGAGGAGAGGCGCCGGGAGGAGCUUUACCGGCAGUUCUUUGAGGACAUCAAGAAGCGCAUAGACACCGAGCGGCCAGUGGAUUGCUCCGUCAUCGUGGUCAACAAGCAGACCAAGGAUUACGCCGAGUCGGUGGGGCGCAAGGUACGCGACCUGGGCAUGAUGGUGGACCUCAUCUUCCUCAACUCGGAGAUGUCUUUGCAGCAAGCCCUGGACGACGUGAGCCAGGGAGGCUCUGCCUUCGCCAUAGUCAUCACCCCCCAGCACCAGGUCCACCACUCCUGCACCGUCAACAUCAUGUUCGGCACCCCGCAAGAGCACCGGAACAUGCCCCAGGCGGACGCCAUGGUGCUGGUGGCCAAGAACUACGAGCGCUACAAGUCCGAGGUCCGCGAGAAGGAGCGGGAGGAGAUUGCCAGGCGGGCGGCCAAGAUGGCCGAUGAGACCAUCCUGCAGGAGCGGGAGCGCCCCCUGCCGGCUGAGGAGAGUCUCCGUGGGGCCCACCCCCCAGCCAUGCAGGCCCUCCUGAACCUGCUGGCGGACAACCGCUACCUGACCGGGGAGGAGACGGACAAGAUCAUCAACUACCUGCGGGAGCGCAAGGAACGGCAGCUACGUGCCGCCGCCGAGUCCCUUCCCGCUUCACUUCCGGGCAGGCAGACGAUGGGAGCUGCGUCAGGAGCCUUGGUGCCCACUUCCCAGGGGCACCAGAGCGGCCAGCCUCUGCCAGCCUCUGCCGCAGCCACCGGGCCCUCCAACCCUCAGCAGGAGCUGCAGGCCAAGAUCCUCAGCCUCUUCAACAGCGGGGUGGCCACCGGUGCAGUGAACGUGUCCAGCGGCGGCCCGGGCGUGGGGGUGUCUCCGAAUCCAGGGUUUGGCUCCGGGCCCAGCACGCCUGGCCGGGGCCCCCAGCUGGGCACGACUGGUGCCUCCCAGUCGCAGCAGCGAGCGCCAUCCCAGGCUGCCCAGUUCCCCAACCACCCGGGUUCCGCCAGGGUCUCCGGUCCCCGGGCUUCGGCUCCCCCACCGCCGUCCCAGCCCCUUUACCAGAACCGGCCCUCUGCGCCCAAUAGCGCGGCCGCCGCACGACCGCCACUGUCUCUGGGGAUCAACUUCGACAACCCCAGCGUGCAGAAGGCCUUGGAUACCCUGAUCCAGAGCGGCCCCGCCCUCUCCCACCUGGUGAACCAGACAGUGGGCCAGGGCCGGGCAGUGCCCCCAGCCCAGCAGGGCAUGGGCUCCUACCAGCGGCAUUACUGAUGCCCAGUGGGCU